CUUUGCGAAAUACCAUGGGAGGUCCCUCGCUUCGACGGCUGGUACAAUAGUUUAGGGUAUCCUAAACGCGGGGCCGUGGGAGCACGCCUUGUGAGGCUCGUACCCGCGCACUUCCGGGAUGGAGUCUAUCAAGCCGAGCACGAGCCAGUUCUGCCCAAUCCAAGACAACUGAGCCGAGUGCUGACCCAGGGUACUUCCGGGUUGCCGUCAACGAGGAACCUCACCGUGCUGUCUUUGUUUUUUGGUUAUCAUGUUGCAUUCGAGAUAAUUAACUCACAACUUCCUGGGUGCCCACCUGAAUUCAUGAACAUCCCAGUGCCUCGUGGUGAUCCUGUUUUUGACCCAAAUGGCACUGGGGAAGUUCUGCUGCCCUUUCAAAGAGGAACGUGGGACAAAGACACUGGCCAGAGUCCAAGCAACCCUCGAACACAGGUCAAUAUGGUCACAGCCUGGAUCGAUGGCAGCUCCAUCUAUGGUCCAUCCACUUCCUGGUCGGAUUCUCUGAGAAACUUCUCCGGGGGUCUUUUGGCCUCCGGUUUGAAGGGAGACAUGCCGAAACAGGCAGCAGGAAACCGUUUAAUGUGGUGCGCUGCUGACCCCACAACAGGUGAUCAUGAACUUCAGGGCCUUUACGAUUUGGGAAAUUCUUGGGCCAAUGAGAACAUUUUCACUGUGGCAGAGGGGAUUAUCUGGUUUCGUUACCACAAUCAUGUAGCCUCCAAUCUGCGGAACAAACACCGAGAAUGGUCAGACGAGGAGUUGUUUCAAAAUGCCAGGAAGACAGUUGUGGCCACGUUCCAGAACAUUGCUCUUUACGAAUGGCUGCCAGCAUUCCUGGGAGACAGAUCUCUUCCCCCCUACCCAGGUUAUCAGAAUUUUGUUGAUCCUGCAAUCUCCUCGGAGUUUCAGACUGCUAUGAGAUUAAGCAUCACUAUGGCUCCACCUGGUGUUUAUAUGAGAAACAGAACGUGCCAUUUUCGGGACAUCAACACUGAUGGGAAAUUGUCGCCAGCCUUACGUCUAUGCAACAGCUUUUGGAAACGUCAGGAGGUCAACGUGAAGAAAGGUGAGGAAGUGGAUGACCUGGUCAUGGGCAUGACCUCUCAGAUUGCGGAGAAAGUUGACCAAAUUGUUGUGGAGGACCUAAGAGACUACAUGUACGGUCCGAUGAAGUUCACUCGCACAGAUCUGGUGGCAUUGACUGUCCAGAGAGGAAGAGACUUUGGUCUUGGCAGCUACACUGAAGUUAGACAAGCACUGAAUCUGCCACCUGUAAAAACGUUUGAUGACAUAAAUCCGGAGCUCAACAGGACCAACCCACAGUUGCUCCGUGAAGUUGCACGACUGUAUGACGGCGAUAUCUCCAAGCUGGAGCUCUUUCCCGGAGGACUGCUGGAAUCUGUCGGAGUCCCAGGUCCAGUUUUUUCGACCAUCAUUUUGGAUCAGUUUGAACGCAUUAGAAAUGGUGACCGCUUCUGGUUUGAGAACAAACAGAAUGGUUUGUUCCAAGAUGAAGACAUCCAGAGGAUCCGCAACAUGACUUUCCAUGACGUCCUUGUUGCAGUCACGAGCGGAGAGGCUUCUGACAUACAAACCAGUGUCUUCUUCUGGAAGAGUGGUGACCCUUGUCCUCAACCUGCUCAGCUGAACGCAUCAAUGCUCUGUCCCUGCACUAAUGCCACCAAACUUAAUUACUUUGAUGGAAGCAAAGCUAGCUUUGGGAUAUUUAUUGUCAGCCUAUUCCUCUUCCCUGUCGUCAGUUAUUCAGUGGCCUGCAUGGUGGCGUAUCAUCGAAAGUCGCGCUACGGGAAGUUCCAAAAAAGAGGGGCAACUGUUGUCAGAACAGAAGAGACGACUUCUGGAUUUCCUGCCUAUGAAUGGCAGGGCCAUAGAAAACCAUUGAAUCAUGUCAGUGUGGAGGUCACAGAGAAUAGGGGUCUGCAGAUCCGGGACAGAUCUGGAACAGCUCUCCGCUUCCUGAAUCUGGACAAGCAGCGCUGCCUUGAUGUGCUCCUCUCAAAUGAUCGCCAUCAAAAAGCUCUGCUACUCAAAGUGCGAAAAGAGUAUGACAUGGUGUUGUUCUUUGAUGAUGAGGGCAAACGUGCAGCAUUCCUGAAGUGUCUGCACCAAGAAGUGACGGACAUCAGGCAUGAGAUUGUAUUGAAGGAGAUGAGCGAGAAGGAGCUCCUGAAGGAGGCCUUAACCAUAGAGCAAAGGGCUCAGAUUGUGGAAACCUUCAUCCGUCACACCUUCUCCAAGGUUUUGGAGAUAGAUAAGUGCGAUGCCGGGGACAUGAGCGGUGUUUCUCGCAAGAAAGCCAAAGAGGUUCUGCAGUGCGAGUUGACAGCUGUAGAAUUUGCCAAGGCGUUGGAUCUCAAAUCUGGAUCUUUGUUUGUGGACUCCAUGUUUACGCUGGCUGAUAAAGACGGCAACGGAUACCUGUCCUUCCAGGAGUUUUUUGAUGUCAUGAUCAUUUUUAUGAAAGGGUCCCCUGAAGAGAAGUCAAAACUGCUGUUCUCCAUGAAUGACAUAAGUGGAAGUGGUUAUUUAUCAAAAGAAGAAUUUGCCAGGAUGCUAAGGUCCUUCAUCGAAAUCUCAAACGGUGCACUGUCAAGGCGGCAGACCGAGGAUGGUAUCAGUGCCAUGAUGCAGGGUGCCGGGUUUGAUAACAAAGAGGAAAUCACUUGGGAGGACUUCCAUUUCCUCCUGCGGGAUCAUGCGAAAGAGCUGCAGUUUGCCCAGCUCAGUGUUAAGGGGGUGGAGCAACAAGGAAAUGCAUUUCUUAGUCGAGACCAGAGAGUUUCCUUUAUCUGCCCAUCCAGUAGCAGCAGCGACAAGACAGAGAGGCUGGAUAUACGCAGACGGAAAAAGUUUGAUCUCAAUGCUCCAAAUGUGUAUGUGAAGCCUAAACGCACCAAGUACAUAAGGAGCCCUGUCGAGCAGAAAAUCCAACAGUUCAAACGGUUCAUUGAGAACUACCGCCGCCAUAUUGUCUGCUUCAUUGUGGUGUACGGCAUCACAGGUGGUGUGGCGAUUGAGAGAUGCUACUACUACAGUUUGCAGGCCACAUCUACAGGCAUCCCUGAGACUUCAGCAGUUGGCAUCGUCGUGUCUCGAAGCACGGCUGCCGCCAUCUCCUUCCUGUUUCCCUACAUGCUCCUCACAGUGUGUCGCAACCUCAUCACGCUGUGCAGAGAGACAUUCCUGAACAGAUACAUCCCCUUUGAUGCCGCCAUCAACUUACAUCGUUUCAUGGCUGUGACUGCUGUCGUCCUCUCAGUUGUUCACACCUUGGGUCACGUGGUCAACAUCUACAUCUUCUCCAUCAGUGACCUCAAUAUCCUGUCUUGUCUGUUCCCUAAGGUUUUCACCAACAAUGGGUCUGAACUUCCUUUCAAGUGGUCGUGGUGGUUCUUUCAAACUGUUCCAGGGAUUACUGGCAUCCUCCUUCUCCUCACUUUGUCGUUCAUGUACAUUUUUGCCUCUCGUUAUUUUCGCCGCAUCAGUUUUCGAGGAUUCUGGAUCUCACAUUACCUUUACAUUGCCGUGUAUAUAUUGAUAGUUAUUCAUGGCAGUUUCGGUCUGCUUCAAGAGCCCCGUUUCUACAUCUUCCUCAUCCCACCUGCACUGCUCUUCUUGCUGGACAAACUCAUCAGUCUGAGUAGGAAGAAGGUUGAAAUUCCUGUAAUUAGAGCAGAGCUGCUGCCUUCAGGUGUAACUCAUCUGGAGUUCAAGCGACCACAAGGCUUUGUGUAUCGUUCCGGACAGUGGGUCCGCAUUGCAUGCCUGAUGUUGGGCACAAAUGAGUACCACCCGUUCACGUUGACAUCAGCCCCUCAUGAGGAGACCCUCAGCCUUCAUAUUAGGGCUGUGGGGCCCUGGACCAGCCGGCUGCGGGAGCUCUACAGUGAAGAAAAUCUGCUGGACCUCGGAGCCUAUCCAAAGCUGUACCUGGAUGGCCCAUUCGGAGAGGGCCACCAGGAAUGGACUGACUUUGAGGUGUCUGUCUUGGUGGGAGGAGGAAUCGGCGUCACGCCAUUUGCCUCAAUUCUCAAAGACCUGGUGUUCAAGUCCUCCAUCAAGUCCAAGAUCCAAUGUAAAAAGGUGUACUUCAUCUGGGUGACGCGCACGCAGCGUCAGUUUGAGUGGGUGUCGGACAUCAUCAGGGAGGUGGAGGAGAUGGACUCGCUGGAGCUGGUGUCAGUUCAUACUUAUAUUACUCAGGUGGCCGAGAAGUUUGACCUCCGCACCACCAUGCUGUACGUGUGUGAGCGGCACUUCCAGAAAGUUUGGAACCGCAGUCUUUUCACCGGCCUGAGGUCCGUCACCCACUUUGGCCGGCCGCCUUUCGUCUCCUUUUUCAGCUCACUGCAGGAGGUUCACCCAAAGGCGUCUAAGAUUGGUGUAUUCAGCUGUGGACCACCAGGACUCACCAAAAAUGUGGAAAAAGCCUGUCAGCACAUGAACAAAAAGGACCAGGCACUCUUCCUGCAUCACUAUGAGAACUUUUAAAUGGCCAUCCAUGUUAGUGACGAUCGUGCUGGCCAAUUUAGGAGGAGAAAAUAAAUAAAUACACAAUUUUGAAGGAACAAAUCUCAAAGAGCUAAAGUCUGGCAAUGGGAAAGUUGAUAUUUUUGAUCACCAGUGACCUGGUUGUUGACCAUCUAUAAAGUAUAUGGCAUUUACUAGGGGGUUAUUCGUACAAAUACAUUUUUAAAUAUUGAAAAUGUAUAUAUAUGCUUUGAAUGUUUUAUAUUUUAUAAUUUACAUACAAAAGUGGAGACCACUAUUUGAACAAUUGUGGUAUAUUAAUAAUUGGGGGAAUUAAUUUUCACUGCCGUACAUUUAAACAAUAGACAUUACACAUCACGAACAAAAUAACAAAAAGACAUCAUACAUGACCAACACAUUUCCAGGCUUGUCAGACAGGUCCGCCGGGCCUGCUGUUUAGGUCGGCUAUAGCUGCAGGGUAAAGGCUUUUCCCGAGGCGGACCCGACAGAAUUUGAUAGUUCUGUACCUGCGCCCUGUUGGCAGUGGGAUUAUGUAUUGGUGUAGUGGGUGAGUCUGUUAGAAUAAUUAUGUAUAUAUUAUCAUCAUAACUUUAUGCUUAAGGGCCGUUACUAUAAAGCAGGGGCGUCACUAGACCUAGUACUGUACUGGGGCACACCUGGGGCACAAAUAAUUAAUGUGAGCGUGCAAAGCGCGCAAGCAAAAACAUUUUUAGCACUUAUUUAUCAUAAAAAAAUACAUAAAUAGUGCUUUAAACUAUGAAAUCAUAUCAGAUUAUGUUGUAUGGAUAUUUGAUUAACCACCUGAAAUGAACUAAUGCAUUUGACCUACUUGUGCACUUUUUUACUCCAGACUUCUAAACUGCUACUGGUAAAAACAAAAAGGAAGAGCAAUGAAUCUUUUUGAAAUAUAUAUUGCAGUAAUCAUCUGCAAAUUUAACAUCUACAAAAGUAAAACAAAAAAUAAAGCACCCCUACAUCUCUGGGUUCUUUUAUAUUAUUUAAUUUCCAUUUAUGGCAAUGUGGCUAAUCCUAUUUCAGAUACACAAAACUAUAGAAUAUACACAAAACAAUAAAGCCACAGUAGUAAAAUAAAUGAACAACUGUUGUGUGUCUGUUCAGGGAAUCAUUUUCUGAGAAGUAAACUGUAACGUCUCGUUUUCAUUUUUGCAAAGUGGUCAAUCACUCUGGACAGACAUGGAAAUAUUACAGUAACUGUUAUACAGUUGACCAGUGGUUCCCAACUGCUGGGUCGUGACAUAAAAGUGGAUUGUGUGUCAUUUUCAGUGAGUCGCAGUCAGAUGUGUGCAUGGAAAAAAAAAAGUUUAGGGAGAAAAAAAUCAAAUUGUGGCAACAAAACCAGAUAUUUUUAGCCAUUUUUCUAGAGACUAUUAGUGAGUAUUUUAGCAAAAGGCAAACCGACUAACAAGUUGAAGGAGGACUCAGGACAGACAUGGAAAUAUAUUUUAAAACAAUCUAAAUGGGGCAACAAAACCCGAUAUUUUCAGCCAUCUUUCUGAAAACAAAUACAGAAAUGUUACUAUUUUUUCUGGAAACAAAACCAGAUGCUUUAGCUGUAGCCAUUUUUCUGGUGACACAACAAGAUUAUUUUAGUCAAAGUCACACCGAUUAACAAGACAAGUCUACUGUGCUAUUUUUCUGCGAAAUAAACUUGAAUGAUUUAAAAAUUUGGCAAACGACUUGAUGAUAUGGAUAAAUGUUUUUCUUCCUGAAGAUAAACCAUUUGAGAAGCAUUUAACUCACACAUGCUUACUCCAAAUCAUCAUUGAUGCAGAACCAGCAGACAAUAACCAACAUUAUGUUUCAUGUUCAUUGGAAAUUCCCCCGACAGCUCGUACAGC